ACAGGAGCCUGCCUGCCAGACACCUGCAGGGCUCCGGCCCCUUCAAGCAUGAACCUUACCAUCUGGGCUCCGGCACUCCCCGUGUGCUCUUAGCUGGGUGUGAGGCCUAGGGCCCUGGAGGACUUCUUGGAGUUCCUCCAGCAACCAUCAUGCAAGGUGGUGCUGGGGACUGCUCUCUUGCUAGGAAGUGGAGGUCUCAUGCUGUGGGCUCAGAGGAGGAAAAGGAAGGCAACCUUAGAGACUACAGAGGACAAGUGUCCAGAAUCCCACAGAGCAAAUGACAACUGGAUCAAAUCUCACUUCAGCCGCCUAUCUGAAGAGAGGUUGCCCUUCAACCGCUAUGUAGGCUACAAUGGGCACUCACCUGAAAGCAGGCAUGGGGAAGCCAACACCACCCUCCACAUGGAUACCCUCACCACUAAACGUGGAGAAGGGGGCGCAGCUCUGCACCGAGAUUCCUUUGCCAGUAAACAUAAGGUAUCUGGGACCUCAGUGACUAAAGAGAUGCAGAGGGAGUCAGGAAAGUCCCCGUCCAUGGAGGAUGACACCUGGGCUGCUGUGGCAGCUUGUACGAAGGACAUUGAUGCCAAGGGGCAUCGCGUGGCUAACUCCAUGCUGCAGCGCACCACAGGUUACGAGCGUACAGGCCAUGCAGAAUCCAGAAACAUCAGCCCAGAAGAGCUGAAGGCUCUGGAGGAGGUGGAGAUAAAGCUGAAAGGGAAUUUCCUGACUCACCAUGAAACCACUGUAGCUGGUGCCAAUCAGUCACACACCAUCUACAGCCAGAGUCGCCAUGGUAACCAAAACCAUCAUUCCUAUCCAAGACACCAGAACAACCAGAGUCAUCCUGUUUCCUCCAGCCACCAAAGUUAUCAUCCAAGUCACUUGAGCCACCAGGGUCAUCCAGGCCUCUCAAGCCACCAGGGUCAUCCAGGCCUCUCAAGCCACCAGGGUCAUCCAGGCCUCUCAAGCCACCAGAGUCAUCUGGGCCACUCAAACCACCAGGGUCAGCCAGGUCACCCAAGUCAUCAGAGUCACCAGGGUCAGCCAGGUCACUCAAACUAUCAGAGCCAUAGUCUGCCCAACCGCAGAAAACAAGUCUAUGACUCUUGAAGCCACUUAACCAUGUGUCCCUUCCCCCAGCAGGGCCGGCUCUCAUGCACAGGCCUGUUUUCUCUUCUAUGGGGAAACCUACACGGUCAGGUUGAGAGACUGCCAACCAAAUCCCUGCUUCUUCUGGCCACAGCAGAGGUCAUGAGAGAGGGAAGAAAGGACGCAGCUCCAACAGCCCAAGGGCCCUGAAGGCCCACGAGAGAAGACAUGAGGCAGAUUACAGGAGCAACCCCAAGCCCCACACUGACUCCACAUGCCUGAAUGAAGCCAAUAAAGCCCUGCAAACCCU